GACACACAGAUGUGAUAAGCUUUGCAUGGCGAGUCCACUGGUUGAUAAACAGAGGACGGAUGUGCACACCCUCUUGUGGUGCCGUCCAUCCAUCCAUCCAGCCAGCCAGCCAGUCAGUCCAUCCCAUUAUAUACACACACCAAAUGCGGCUCCCAAAUCGUCUAAUCCCCUCUGCUACACCACAUGCACCAUGCACUCGGUUUGUUUAUGUGAGGCAUACAAAAGCGAAUCGAACCUCCAUAAAGCACUCAUCUCAUCUCACGCCAAAUCGAAACAUCCCCCCCUUCCUCACCUGCUAUUCCCCAUCACGUCACGUGAAGCACCUCUAUCUCAUCCGCCAUGAAGUAAUUCUUAAACGACCCGCCCAGCCGAGCAUGGCCACCGGCAUCCCUCUUCCCCGUGUAGCCCUCAGGCACAUAGUCGCUGGGAAUGCGCUGUGCACAGCUGCGGAUGUCGGCAGCUGGCUGGUCACUGUGCUCGUCGUCACCCAGAGCCAGCCAAUCACCGAUUCUCACACUCCCACGAUCCCGCGCACUCCCCUCCCUCCCCUCCCUCCCCGCCACCGUCACCCACUCAUCCUCUCGGUCGAUGUCGAUCUUGGUCGGCGUGUCGAAGUGGCCGGUCAGCGAAAACCACCACAGGUCACAGUCGUACUCGUGCAUGCCGGUCGGAGUGUCAGGCAGCAUCAGACCGCAGUUAAUGAAGGCGCCGAAGACAUACUUGUCCUUUCUGAUUACAAACACGAGAGGCUCUGCGUCGCCCACACUGUCCAGCAGGUCAUCGUAAGUGGUGCCGUUCACCGACGACCUACGGCCCCCCCCCGCACACACACACACACACACACACGCGCAGAUCUCUCUCUCUCUCCCUUUGUGUGUGUGUGUGUAAUUGCAUACCGGUACAGGGAGGUGAUAUUGAGUUCUGUGCCAUUGUCACUGCCCAUCAAGUCGAGCAGCCCCUGAUACUCUGACGCAGACAACGACGUGCCGUCAGGCGGGGACACCUGCUGCUGCACUCGACGGACCUGCACACAAGGCACAGCCACAGAGCGGAUGACUAAUCUAAUGAAUGAAGGGCCACAGCCUACCAGAUGGGCCUCCGUCCACGCCAAGCUGAGAGUCACCAUCAGCAGUGCAGCACACCUGCAGUGCCGUGCCAUCGCGUCGACGAAAGAAAGUCUUUGUCGUCAGUCUAGCCACAGGCAGCCUGAUGAACAAGACAGCAGUGAGCGAGACGACGGGAGUGAGCACACCACCUGGGAGGAGAGAGAGAUCUGCUUUUCGCAGCGGUUUCAGGGAGCACCCUAGGCGGCCUGACAAAAUCUGCUUGUCACCUCGAGUUCAGACAACCGAUCCAUCUGUGUCUUCCGACUUCCUCCGGCCAGAUUUGUCGUCAGUCGUCCACUUUGGCCUCGUCGGUGAGGUCGGCGGCAGAGAUGCGCACGCG